UUCUUACGAAGGCCAACACUAAAACUAAACACGACAUAACUCACCUGUGGAAAGAGGGAAAAAUCUCAGAUCUGGUUUCCAAAAGAUGGUUUUUUCAAGGAUUUCAUCAACACUCCUAAGAAGGAGAAACCCAUUUACAUCAAAACCCAUAUCUUCCUUUUCUUCCAUAAGCUCGAUUUCAUCAUCCCCUUCAAACAAUUUUAACCUAACCACCAUCUCAAAAUUCCACCCCCAAAUCUUUUCAAACCCUAGAACUACCGACUUUUUCCAAAUCAGACAAUAUAGUGCCGAAACCCCAAGCCUAAUCGCCCAGGGAAAAAAGAAGCAAAGAAAAGUCCUGAUCCGAAAAAAAUAAAAUUGGCUCAAUAUGAUCGCAAAGUCACUUUAGUCUAUGAAGCUAUGGAGAAGGUUGAAUAUUCGAAAAGGAGUUGGGUAACUUGGCCGUCUUAUAAGGGGGAUGCCAAACGUUUAAAUAAUGCUGUAAACAAUGCGUUGAAGAAAUAUUAUGAGGCACUGUCAGUAUUGGGCGAGGAUGAAAGAAAGGAUGUUGAGAAGGCCAACGGGUGGGUAAUUAAUGAAAUGUUAGAUAUGCAAAAGAAAACGAUGAGUGAUGAGCUGAUAAAUUUUGAUGAGGUUCUUAAGAUAUGGAACAAGGCCACUUUUGGAGAGGAGGAUCCGAAAGGAAGUGGAGGCAGUGCAAGUUAUGAGGCACUGUCAGUAUUGGGCGAGGAUGAAAGAAAGGAUGUUGAGAAGGCCAACGGGUUCUUAAGAUAUGGAACAAGGCCACUUUUGGAGAUGAGGAUCAGGAGGGAAGUGGAGGCACUGCAUGUUAGGAAAACCAUGAGUGAACAAGCAAUGCUGCAUGACCAACAAACUACACAAACUUUUCUUGGCCCGCCUGAUGCAUAUUUUAUCAUUCCUGAGUGCUUGCUGCCUAUUCAAUAUGGGGUUUUUUUUAAACGCAAAGUCGAUGAAGCUAAUGAAGCUAUAGACAAGGUUGAUGAGGUGAAAGGCAAUUGGUUAUUAUGGCCGUCUUUUAAGCAGGAAGCGGAACGUGCUAAUGAUGCUAUAAACAUUGCGUUAGAGAAAUUUAACGAGUUAAUGUCAAUAUUGGGCGAUGAUGAAAGAAAAGAUUUUGAUAUGGCCGACAUUGAUGAAAUUAAAGAUCUCCAAGAGCAGAUAAUGACUGAUGGGCUGAUGUACUUCAAAGAGUCUCUUAAGCUAUGGAACGAGUCCGCUUCUCUUAAGCAGAAGCAGAAGGGAAGGGGAAGCACUGCAUGUUAGGAAAACCAACAUGGUUUUCGUUUCUCAGAGUGAACAAGCGCAUGACCAACAAACUACACAAACUUUCCUUGGCCGCCUGAUGCAUAUUUUAUCAUUCCUGAGGUAUGAUCAAGUGGAUUUUGGUUCAGCUUUUAGAUGUUUAUGAAGACUUCAGAAAUGUAUUUCUAAGCAUUUUUCAGACCAAUGCGACAUGUGUUUCGGUAGACAAGAUACUUUCCUGUAUGUUUUCGUUUCAAAUACUAAUAAUUGUAGAAGUUUGCUUGGUUUAUAAAUUAUUGCAAAACCUGGGUCAA